AUGAAGGUUUCAUCGCUACACUCCUGCCCCUCAAAGAUCUGGAGCCGCGAUGGUGUGCCGGCUGUCGCCCAGUUUUGCAGUCUGCUGCUGAGUGGGUUGGCGGGGUGGGCGGGGCACAGCUCCAUUGAACAUUCUGCAAAGUCGCUCUCGAGGCUGCUGGCGGAGUACCAAUGCGUCACGCGAGUGUGCGACUGGCUUGUGGUCUUGGCAGAGCUGUCGCCUCCUGGCAUUCGCCGAACUAUGCGGACGUCGCCAGUUGUUUUUACUGGUAUUGCAAGAAUUUUAACGACGGUUUGCUUGGGGCUGUUUUUGGCAAGUGAGGAGGUGCAGCUUUUGGCUGCUGGUGGCGUAUUGAAUAAGUUUUUGCGGCCGUAUGCUGCCCGUUUGGUCCCAAUAUUUUUUUUCUACUACAACUUGUUUAAGGCGGUAACAAGUGCCGCACUCCUGCAGGCGAUGCAGCGUAUUUCGUUUGAGGCGACAGACACUCGAAGUGUGAGCCGAAAGCGGCAGUACAAGGAGGUGUUUCUUUCCUUUCUCGAGGGCGUUGGGUUUAUGGUGUACGCUAUGACACUCCUGCCGAGCAAUGCGCCGCGGCUUAGGGAGGCGCUUCACGAGGGCUCCUGGAUGGAUCGCAUGUACUCCGUGCUUUCAUCGCUGUGCCCACAGGCGCUUCAGGUGAGUCCGGCCACACAAGGGUUUAUUGGACUUUUAGCAACAGUUCCUUUUCUCUUUUUGUCAUGGUAA